AUGCCACAACUCCUUAACAAAGAGGUUUUCCUGGACAUCGACCUCUUUGGUAUUGCCAAAAACAACAACGGAAGCGCUUCUGCGGCUCUCAUAAGCUAUUCAGACAUUGACGAGAUGUUGGACCCUUCUCUCCUCCACCCAAAGAACAACACGGUCAACAUUAUGAUGUCUCCAGUGGUCUCAGCUUUCUUGCCCAAGACUCCAAACAAAAUUCUGACCAAACCAGUUAACUUCACAAUGAGACACAUUAAAAAAAUGGAUCCUAAAGGUCUGCUGCACUGUGUGUACUGGAACGUUAGUGAAUGGGUUGUGGACGGCUGUUCCAUCACUGAGACCAACUCCAGUUACACAGUCUGUUCCUGUGUACACCUGUCCACUUUUGCUCUCAUCAUGCAAACUCAAAGACCACCCAAGAGGUAUUAUCUCUUGAAGCUGCUCAGUACGGUCGCUGUGGGUGUGGGACUGGUCUCCCUGUUCUUGACUGUGUUGACUUUUAUUGGUUUUUGGAAGAAACUGGGUCGGAAAACCACAGCUCGACUCAACCUCUGUAUCAGCCUGCUACUGGCCCAUCUCCUCUUCCUCCUCACCCAACAUUUCCUGCACUAUAUCAAACCCCACGAGGUAAAUGUGAUUCUCUUUACUGCCAUGAUUAUCACUCUUAAGAAAACUCUGAUACAGCUGAGUGACAUCUCUCAAGUUAAAGCAACCAGGGCUAUGGUGUUCAAAUCCCUGGCCCAGUUUAUCAUCCUCGGUUGCCCCUGGUUACUAGGCCUCCUCACACACAUCAGUGAGAACGUGGAGCUUGUCUUUCUGUUGUUCACCUCCCAGCAAGGCACCUUCAUCUUCCUGGUCCACUGCGUCCUGAAUGCAGAGGUGAGGAAGCAGUAUGCCAAGGUGUGGCAGUCCAUGUGUUGUGGCAGCAAGUCAAAAACUCCAGAUGUCUGCAACAGUUACAAGAACAUCUCAGAUCCUUCGAGAAACAUACUCUUUCGCUCCACCUCCUUCCCUGGUUGGCCACCAAGCGACAGCACGCUGGAGGAAGGCUGGUAUCGUUUCACCGGCGUCGGAGGGGACGUAGUGGCCACGGAGUGUCCGUCUUCACCCUGUGGUGCUACAACUUCGCCUCUCACUAUCUGCGAGACCACUAUCGUCGCCAUCGGUAACCGACUGAUUAGGUCGUGGCUAUGCAGUGGCACGAGAGAACAAGGCUGGUGUCUCAUGGCUCAAGACUUCUUAACUACGCUGGUUUGCCCACAGGGUUUCCAUCUCUACUAUCUGUUCCCGACGCAGGGCCGCUUCGUUACAAAGGUCAAUGUUUUCACUGUUGGACCAGGUAGAAACAUUUCAAAGAUGCCACAACUCCUUAACAAAGAGGUUUUCCUGGACAUCGACCUCUUUGGUAUUGCCAAAAACAACAACGGAAACGCUUCUGCGGCUCUCAUAAGCUAUUCAGACAUUGACGAGAUGUUGGACCCUUCUCUCCUCCACCCAAAGAACAACACGGUCAACAUUAUGAUGUCUCCGGUGCUCUCAGCUUUCUUGCCCAAGACUCCAAACAAAAUUCUAACCAAACCAGUUAACUUCACAAUGAGACACAUUAAAGAGAUGGAUCCUAAAGGUCUGCUGCACUGUGUGUACUGGAACGGUAGUGAAUGGGUUGUGGACGGCUGUUCCAUCACUGAGACCAACUCCAGUUACACAGUCUGUUCCUGUGUACACCUGUCCACUUUCGCUCUCAUCAUGCAAACUCAAAGACCACCCAAGAGUAAUUAUCUCUUGAAGCUGCUCAGUACGGUUGCUGUGGGUGUGGGACUGGUCUCCGUGUUCUUGACUGUGUUGACUUUUAUUGGUUUUUGGAAGAAACUGGGUCGGAAAACCACAGCUCGACUCAACCUCUGUAUCAGCCUGCUACUGGCCCAUCUCCUCUUCCUCCUCACCCAACAUUUCCUGCACUAUAUCAAACCGCACGAGGUUGUGUGUAAAGCGUUAGCUGGAACACUGCAUUUCCUUUUUCUCUCGGCGUUUAUGUGGAUGUCUGCUGAGGCCAUACUACUCCUCAACACAGUGAAGAACCUAUCAAAGUUGACAUACAGAGAGAAGGAGGAGCUUCACUGGGCAUAUCAGCUCACGAUUGGCUAUGCCAUACCUCUGACAGUCAUAGCUUUGUCUGAGGGAUUGGUGCCCGAAAUGUACGACACUAAUAUCUGCUGGAUUAAAACAGAGAAUGACUUCAUCUGGAUAUUUGUGGGCCCUGUUUGCUGCAUUCUUGGAGUAAAUGUGAUUCUCAUUACUACCACGAUGAUCACUCUUGGGAAAACCAUCAUACAUCUCAGUGACAUCUCUCAAGUUAAAGCCACUAAGACUAUGGUGUUCAAAUCCCUGGCCCAGUUUAUCAUCCUCGGUUGCCCCUGGUUACUAGGCCUCCUCACACACAUCAGUGAGAAUGUGGAGCUUGUCUUUCUGUUGUUCAUGUCCCAGCAAGGGACCUUCAUCUUCCUGGUCCACUGCAUCCUGAAUGCAGAGGUGAGGAAGCAGUACGCCAAGGUGUGGCAGUCCAUGUGUUGUGGCGGCAAGUCAAAAACUCCAGUCUGA